ACAUAGUAAAUUCCAAUAAUUCCGCAUUGCCAUCACAAACAAUCUAAGCUAUCAAAAUAAGCAUUAAUCAAAUCCCCUUUAUCCCGAAUAAAUUCCAAGCCCAACCUCAGAUACAGUCAUCGCUUCCUACUCAGCCCUGUGCCACGGGGACUCCACAUUUCCAAGGGAAGCAAGAAAUACACAUUACGACGACGACGACGACUCUCUCUUCUUCUUUCAAUCCUCAUCAAAUAUAAUCCAGACGUCACAACGACAUCUACCAGCUUCACUUUCGCUUCACAUUAUUCAACAUCCAUAUCGCGGCGUUCUGUCUAAUCAAGGACACAUCGACUGAUCCCUCUCUCAAAGUCACCUAGGAGGCAAAACUCAGCCACAGCGUCGCGUCGCAUCUCUCGCCCCGUAACAGACUUUGAAGCACAGCUUCUCAAUCCAUCACGAUGGCACCGGCGAUAUCACCGGCGCUGCUUGAUUCCGUGCUCGAUAAGCGACAGUAUUACGGUUACGGAUACAACAACGACUCGAACUGGAACCGCUGGGGACGCUGGGUCGCACUCGUCGUGAUCGUCGGCUUCUUCCUCGUCCUCGCAUUUGCUUGCUCAUGCGUCAACUCCCGCCGCCGUCGCCGUCAAGGUCUCGCACCACGCUACGGCACGGGGUGGCUCGCCGGAAAGCAAAAUGGAGGCCAGCAGCAUUACCAGAACAACUACUACCAGGGACAGCAGAGCGGAUACAACUACGGUGGUGGAGCGGCACCAGCGCCUCCGUACAGCCCGCCGCAGCAGCAAUAUGGCCAGCAACAGCAGUAUGGCGGGAAUACGGAUUACUAUGGCGGGCAGCAGAGCGGGAUUGAGCUCCAGCAGCCGCAGAGCUCGUACAACCCGCAGAUAGGCCGUGAGCAGACCUACGAGCCUCCGACUGGGCCACCUCCAGGAAAGCAGGGUGAUGGGAUUAUCAGAUGAUCUGGCCAGGUGCGGGGCGAAGAGAGUGGGCUGGUGAAGGGAGGAUAAAGUGUUAAUAAACUCACGCAUGACACGGCAUGGUUGGGCUGGGUAUCUGGGGAUCGGGGCGUUUUCAUUUCGAGGGGUACUGUACAUGUAUUUGCGAGGGAAGGGAUGGUAUUUAAAUGAUUGCUUGGGGGGGUGGAAGAGGGUAAUAACGAAUCACUUCAAAAUGAAAUAGUCAUGAUAUUUGCUGUCUUCGCUGAGC